AUUUGCUGGCCCCCCUUUGCUCGCUAUUUCAGUCUCUCAUUCAUUCAUUCAUCCCCCGAAAUUAGAGAGAGAAGACGGAAGCGUACUUGGCAACACUGUUGCUCAGCUCUGCGCACUUCGUCUCUCUCAGAUUGCCCCCACCCUCCAAAGUCCAAACACCCAAAUUCGCCCCCUCGUCUUCCUCCUCGUAAACGUCGACGGGAACGUCACCCCUCCCUCUCACCGUCGCCGCCGCCGGUAUAUCGAUUCGAAUGCGCACAUUUCAACUCUUCCUCCGUCAAUCUCCACCGCGGCAGCAGUCAUCUCCCCCAAUUUGACCGGGCUGACUGCCAGUACGACGGCCUCAAUCUCCAUUGGAUUGAUUGGUUCCUUCGUGUAAGGAAUCGAUUUCUGGAUUUUUUGCUGGAUUUCCCAACUCUGUAAAGAAGAGGCAGUGAAAGGAAAGUGAGGUACUGAAGAACAGAAGAAGAAGAAGGGGGAAAAGAGCGGUGGUGAUAAUGGCGGGGUCGACUUCGUUCUCUUCUCCGUUGUGCACGUGGCUGGUGGCGGCGUGCAUGUCCGUCACGUGCGGCUCGCAGGACCACCGGACCAGCGCACACGCGUUCCGUUCCUCCUCCUCGAGCUCCAAACUCACCACCAGCCGCAGGCGGAAGCUCCUUCUCUCCAAAUGCAACGCCUCCUCCGUCGCUGCUGCUAGUUCGCACUCGCUCUCCAGUCGCUUCGUCGCUUCUCUCUGUGGAUCCAGCUUUCAAGAUUUGAUGAACUCUUGCUUGGCUUUCGAGCCUUGUAGCCAGUACUACACCUCCAAUGGCGCCUUCCGAUCCAGAGCUCUCAACCGGAAGCAGAGACGACUCGGUCGCCCUGCUUAUUCUGGGGAACCGAUGGCCGUAGCUGUGCAACCUGCAAAGGAGGUUGCAACCAAAAAGAAGCCUGUUACUAAGCAGAGGCGAGUGGUUGUGACAGGGAUGGGUCUUGUUUCUCCACUUGGUCAUGAUGCAGAUGUCUUUUACAAUAAUCUGCUGGAAGGUUCCAGUGGCAUAAGCGAGAUAGAGACAUUUGAUUGUGCUCAAUUCCCAACAAGAAUUGCUGGUGAAAUCAAGUCUUUUUCAACUGAUGGAUGGGUUUCACCCAAAUUUUCUAAGAGAAUGGAUAAGUUCAUGCUUUACAUGCUCAUUGCGGGGAAGAAGGCUUUGGCAGAUGGUGGUAUUACUGAGUAUGUAAUGAAUGAGUUGGAUAAAGCUAAAUGUGGUGUUCUGAUUGGCUCAGCAAUGGGUGGCAUGAAGGUUUUCAAUGAUGCCAUUGAAGCUCUUAGGGUUUCGUACCGGAAGAUGAACCCGUUCUGUGUACCAUUUGCAACUACAAAUAUGGGUUCUGCCAUGCUCGCAAUGGAUAUUGGUUGGAUGGGGCCAAAUUAUUCUAUUUCCACAGCUUGUGCUACAAGUAACUUCUGUAUACUAAAUGCAGCUAACCAUAUAAUUAGAGGCGAAGCUGAUGUUAUGCUGUGUGGUGGCUCAGAUGCAGCUAUAAUUCCAAUUGGUUUGGGGGGCUUUGUGGCUUGCAGAGCGCUCUCUCAGAGGAACGAUGAUCCUACCAGAGCUUCACGGCCUUGGGAUAAGAGUCGAGAUGGAUUUGUUAUGGGUGAAGGAGCUGGUGUUCUACUUCUGGAAGAGCUUGAACAUGCAAAGAGGAGAGGUGCCAAUAUAUAUGCAGAGUUUCUUGGUGGAAGCUUUACUUGUGAUGCCUAUCAUAUGACUGAGCCACGGCCUGACGGGUCUGGAGUCAUUCUGUGCAUAGAGAAGGCUUUAGCACAGUCUGGAGUGUCCAAGGAGGAAGUGAACUACAUAAAUGCACAUGCUACAUCAACUCCUGCUGGAGACCUUAAAGAGUACCAGGCUCUCAUGCACUGUUUUGGAAAAAAUCCUGAUUUGAAGGUGAACUCUACGAAGUCUAUGAUUGGUCACUUGCUCGGAGCAUCUGGAGCUGUGGAAGCUAUUGCAGCUGUACAGGCAAUACGAACAGGAUGGGUUCAUCCGAAUAUCAAUCUGGAAACUCCUGAUGAAGGGGUGAAUCCGAGUGUGCUGGUGGGGGCGAAGAAAGAAAGACUGGACGUGAAAGCUGCAUUAUCGAAUUCUUUCGGGUUUGGUGGUCACAACUCGUCGAUCAUUUUUGCUCCGUACAAGUGAAAGAAGUUUGGAUGGCUUCAAGUUUACUUACUGAUGAUGACUACUUAAGUGCUCUUCAGGGAAGAAUCCUGAUUGCCAAGUAAAACUGCACAGCUCAAUGUGAGAAUUCUGGGAAAGAGUGGAUGGGGGAGAGCUCAUUUCCCCUCCUGGCAUCUGACAAAGGAAAGAAAGGCACGGUCUGUGUUUUAGAGUUAGGAUAUGAUAUGAGGAAAGUAGAUGGCACCUACCUAGCUACAUUUUCACUUGUUUGUUUUUGGUUUUCCUGUGUAGAUGGCCUGACAUUGGACUUUGGUUUUCAAUAGUCAGUCAACUUGUACUCCGAAUUUUGAGCAGACAAUUGCCGCGUUGCCUUUCCAUUUCCUUGCUGCUUUCCUUCCUUUCUAUGCUGAAGGUUGAUAUGGUUGAAGUUGUGGUUACCGGAUUCCAACUCAGGAUGGAAAUUGAAUCGAAUGAUUGUCGGGUCAAUCGGUUCUUGAUGUUAGCAGAG